AAAGUAGGUCCCCCGGCACCCCUCACUCGUCAGUCAGCUCGGGUGAGGCUCGGUGCUUGGCAAUCCGCAGAGAGAGGGAGGGAGACAGACGUCAGCAUGUGGUUACUGCUUUUGAACUUUGUGGCCGUCUUCUCCUUGGUGGCUUCUGAUCAUCACAUCGACUGCGGACCGCCCGGAAAGGUCGUCCACGCCGACGUGCACUACCUGACUCGGGAGUUGGAGACGACGGUGGGCACCGUGAUCCGGUACGAGUGCAAGGCACCCCUGUGGGUCCUGCAAAACGGCGACAACGUUGACCACGGCGUCUACAUCUGCGCCGAAACCGGCAACUGGACGAACAGAAAGCUAAAGACAGACCUUCCCGAAUGCAAGAAGGUUGCCGACUGCGGGCCGCCGCAGAAGAUCGAGCACGGACACGUGGAUCACCUGACCGACCACCUGGAAAACGUCUACCUGUCCGCCGUGAAGUACACCUGUGACACCGACUACCGGGAGGAGGUGUACAGCGACGAAGGAAUCUACGUGUGCUCCGCAAACGGUCACUGGAUGAACAAGGACCUGGGAGAGAAGAUUCCCAAGUGUAUCCCAGUGCACUGCGGCGAGGCGAUAACUCACCUGCACUCGGAGAAGGAGACCGACCACACCGAGCUGGUGACCCACGGGGCCGCGCCCUGGACGGUGCUGCUGCAGCGGAUCAGCGACCCGGACGACCUGCGCAACGCCGUGCUGAUCGACCACCGCUGGGCGCUGACCAGCGCCCACAACUUCGGCACCGAGGACGAGAAGGCGGCUGCCGCCGUGUUCACCGCCCACGUCGGCGUGGAGGACGCGACCGACCUGCGCACCGGCCGCCGCUACCACGUCGAGCGGGUGGACUUCCAGAGCGCCGUGUCGAAGGUGGGCGAGGCGUACCGAAACGACAUCGCCCUGCUGAAGCUGGCCGAGCCGGUGGCGUACGGCGACCAUGCCAUCCCCAUCUGCCUGCCGUCCGUCGACUACGCCACGGCUGGCAAGCUAGGGGUGGUGGCCGGCUGGGAUCUGGACCACCAAGAAGGCGCGCACCACGUCACCUACGCAGCGCUGCCGGUCGCCCCGAGGGAAGCCUGCGCCCAGCAUUUCGUCGACCAGCACCCAGGCCUCUUCCCGGCCGACAUGAGAGAGCAGUUCUGCACGCACGCCCUGGAGCACCGCCCCGAAGCGGCCCAGCGGGACCAGGGCGCCGUCUUCCAGGUCGAGGUGAACGGCACCAACUACGCGGUCGGGGUGCUGAGUUACGACGACCCCGGCGAGGCCCACAACCACGCCGUCUUUACCAGCGCCUACGAACACAUCAACUGGAUCAAGGGGGUGAUGAGCGUUCACUGAGGGAGACCCCCACACCACCCAUUCCUCCGUGCGCCUGCCGCGACCCCCUCUCCCGUCCUCUGUGCCCCCCCCAACGCCCAACGGGUCUGCCCCACCCUCUUUCUCCCCCACCCCCUCUUUCCUUCUUCGCCUCCCCUCCCUCUCUCUACGCACCCCCCCCCCCAUCCCCGCGCGUCUGCCCCGUCCCCAGGUUCCUAGAUAGCUCCUCCCGCCCCCGCUCCCAAGGACGGAAGCCCUGCGUUCCCCGCCACCUACCCCAAUCCCAAUCCCAAAUAUCAGACGACCCCCCCCCCCACUCCUCCUCCGCCGCUCCCCCCCCCCGCCCCCCCUCGGAACUGAUCGGACGGGCGCACUCGAUCCCAUCCCCGAUCUGUCACCCCGCACCCGAUUUACAGAGGGGUGACGGGGGGUCCCGGACCCCGGCUCAGUGGAAAGGUUUCUAGCCUGCCCCCUCCCCCCGCUGUCUUCCUCUUCUCGAUCACGUCCCGGCUCGGUUUCCACCCCCACCCCGCACCCCAUCUCCGACACGCCCCCAGCGAGGCAGCGCCGGUGCCCGGACAAACAGGGCCGUUUUCGUUUCCUUCCGGAAGGCGAAGAAUUUCUCUGCGGAAACCCACCCCCAAUAAAUUCGGUGGAAGUGAA